GUAAGAUACAUUUACAUCAAGAUGUAAAUACCAUUUAUAUUUGAGUUAAAUGGAUCAGUAGAGUCUAUGAUGCUAUGAAUUAAAGCCAUUUCCACUAGAAUCUAAUGCAGUUGUCAUUUUCUGCAGGCAUUUGAUAUCAAUUAUCAAUAUUCUGAAGCCUUGCAUUGGAUCAGCAUCACCGGCUCUGCUCUGUCUGUGGUGGGACUGUCUGUCACAGCAUUGUACCAAAUCAUUACCAGGAAGUCAAGAGGAGGCAGCCCUACUCUGCUAGUGGUGAACAUCUGCUUGAGUAUGACGGUUUUCUACCUUCUCUUCAUCUUCGGCAUAAACAACCCUGUCCAACAUGUGAAUGGAGCAAAGAUGUCUGGCGAGAAUAUAGUUCCUGAGUCUGAUCAUCACAAGUACUCAGAUCAGGGACCCUGUACGGCAUUUACAGCUCUGCUUCAGUACUUCCUGUUGCUUACGUUCACUUGGAACACUCUGUACGGCAUUAAUGUGUUUCUGCUGUUCAAAAACUCAGUGUCUGGAACACCUCCAUGGUUUCCACAGGUCGCCAUGGCUGUCGGAUGGGGUUUGCCUGCUGUUAUUGUUGGUAUCUCAUUGGGUUCCACUUACCGUGUGGAGGAGCCUUUAGGUUAUCGACAAGAAGAGUUUUGCUGGCUGGCUUCACUGGACCACAAACAAAAAUUCAAUAUAAAGAAACCCAUGUUUUGGGGAUUCGUGCUCCCUUUACUGCUCAUGCUGAUCUCAAACACAGCAAUACUGCUGCACUUCUCUUACAAAAUCUGCAGGACCAACCCUAAUUUAAACAAAUCACGUAAAACUUCUCUGAAGAAGAAGAUGAUGAGUAGUUUUUCUCUGGCAGUGAUGCUCGGCUUGUCUUGGGUCACAGGUUACAUUUUACUGAUCACCCAAGAAAAAAAUCUCAAAUUUAUUCUCGGUUUGGUUUUCUGUCUAUUAAACACAACACAGGUGGGUUAAUUGCACAAACAUUCA